AUGGAACCUUCAAAUCCUGGCGAGUUGUCUCGCCUCUCUGCUGAGAUUGCAGCGCUGGCUCCUCAAACCCCGCCACGUCAGCCGCCACUGGAGGAGGAAAAAUCGAUUCGCUGUCUGCUCGCUGUCUCGCGCUUUUCAAAUACGACCCGGAGGAAGAGGCGAUACGAGAAGCUCCUUGACGAGGAAGGAGUACUCCAGGAAGACAAAGCUAAGGCCCGCCUCGUGCUCUCAAAGUUGGAUGGCCGGGAAUACUCGCUCUUUGCGAAUCGACUGCUGCCGAUGCACCCGGACAAUUCUCCGAGCUGAUCUCUAAGUUGAAGGAGACGUUCAAGUCAACUUCGUCGCAGUUCCGCCGCCGAUAUGAUUUCCUGCAGACGUCGUUCACUGGAGGAGCUCUCGAAGAGUACACGGGCAUCAGUCUCCGACGCUUCACCACAUCAAGGUGGAAGGAAAUGACCCGACGAUCAAGUAUGCUGUCUCAUUUCGAUCGCCGGACAUUCGAACGAAAGCGCUGCAACUCCUGGAAAGUAAGACAGAAAUUACACUUCUGGAGUUGGAGACGAAGAUCAAACGACUUCUGGAGAUUCGUGACGAUUCGCAGCGAGUGGGCACGUCGAAAGUAAAGCCGGAAAUCAACGCCAUCAAGGCGAAGAAGGCCGCCGUCCGCAUGUCCAAAAUGUGGUGGAAAUCAUUGGUCCCGUGACUGCAAAAUCGAGAAAGUCACGUGCAACGUCUGCGGAAAGGACGGCCACACAGCUAAGUUUUGCUACAAAAACAAGAAUCAUUCAAAGAAGUCGACGAAAAAGUUCCAGAAGAAGAAGAAGAUCAGCGUUGUGGCUGUCGUGCAAACUAUGCCACCGAAGCGAAGAAUCUACCUCAAUAUUCCGAUCAAUGGCACCGAUUCAGAAAAAGAUUACCAAUCAGAGUUCGAAGAAGACUUCUACACGGAUAGAAAAAAUAAGGCGAUUUUGGACGAUACGAUGAAAUACGAUGAGAGAAGUUUGUAGUUUUUUGAACGUUUUUUAUUAGCGAAAUGAAACUGCGUGUUUUUCAGUGGCAUCGUGGGCAAAACUGAGUGAUAAAGUCGACUUGAGUCGAACUGACUUUCUGCUGUCGACUACCCCAAUCAAAAAGAGGUUUUUACUUCGAUUUCGGAAUGACCGCACUAUUUUUUUCAGCGAUUUCGAGAUAUUUCGACUUCGAUAUUUCGACUCCGGUAAAUGGAUUGCGAUUUAA